AGACUGAAGGCGAAUGCCCAUCUCACUUAAUAGUCCUGUGUCGAGGUCGAGUGUUUGCAUUUGAUGCUAUCCAUGAAGGCAAUAUGGUGACUCCUCCAGAGAUCUUCAGGCAACUUACUUAUAUACAGAAAAGAUGCCAUAGUGAACCAGAUGGACCAGGACUGGCGGCCUUAACAAGUACCGAACGGACAAAAUGGGCAGAGUUACGUGAAUAUUUGAUUGAUCUUGAUCCAAAGAACUUAACUCUUCUGGAAAAACUUCAGAGAAGUUUGUUUGUGGUCUGCCUCGAUGAUUCUAGUCCCCAUGCAACUCCUGAGGACUACAGCGAGGUUACAAGGCUGGUGCUAACAGGUGAUCCGACUGUACGCUGGGGAGAUAAAUCCUGCAAUGUUAUUGUCUUUUCUAAUGGAACCUGUGGUGCAUUCUGUGAUCAUUCUCCUUUUGAUGGGAUGGCUUUAAUUACCAUGUUGACUCAUAUUGAAAAGAAGAUUAUUGAGAAUGAGGGAAAAUGGAAGGGAUCAGAUAAAGUGAGGGAUAUUCCAUGGCCAGAGGAACUUGUAUUCACAGUGGAUCAAAAAAUUAUAAAUGAAAUUGGAUGUGCUAAAGAAUUGUAUUACAAAAAGGUAUCUGACUUGCAGCUAGUGCACUAUGCCUUCACGUCCUUUGGCAAAGCAUUGAUUAAAAAGAAGAAACUUCAUCCUGAUACGUUUGUGCAGCUUGCCCUUCAGCUGGCUUAUUACAAAUGUCAUGGACGCCCGGGCUGCUGUUACGAAACUGCCACGACCAGGCGUUUCUAUCAUGGCCGCACAGAGACCAUAAGAUCAUGUACUGUGGAAGCAGUGGAGUGGUGCAAGUCCAUGCUGGAUCCUUCUAACAGUACUCAUCAACGACUACAGCUGAUGCAUAAGGCAUUUGAAAAGCACAAUAAAAUGAGGAAAGAAUGUGAGAAUGGAAAAG